AUGGCCCCGAACGCAAUUAAAGCAGGCAGUCUGAACCUCAUUUCGAACUACAAGCCAGAGGAAUUCACGAAAGUCCCGAAGCUCAUCGAGAAAUCGGCCAAAGUUAAGCAGGCUAAGAAAGGCGGGUCUGUCUAUCAGAAGAUCGGUGAGACCAGCUCGAAACCCCCCAAGCCAAUUACGGCGAAGAAAGCGCUCGAAAUAAUUGAGACCAUCAUCGAGGAGUAUGAAAGCUUGCCGAAAAACCGGCUGGACAAGAGAAACAACCUCAAGGCAAGGGAGUCGAGCGUUCCCGGCAUGACAAAGCGGGAAGGCUGGAUCGCUUUCAAGGCAAAUGGCGAGUUCCAAAGAGGCCAAAGCUGCCGCCAGCUGUUUCACCCCAGAGAUGCUGAAGAGAAGGGUCGGUACUGA